AGGAAUGCAGACGUGUCAUUUUUGUUUAGAAAUUAACAUUCCAAGAAAUAACCUUCAUUUUAUUAAGUGUUUUUUUAUUUGAAGCCCAAAAUGCAGUAACUUGUUAUUUAAAAAUGGAGACUACAAAAACUAAGAAAGUAAAAAAUAGGGCUAAACAAAAUGGAGUGGUUUCGUCAGGAGAAAAUAAAAAUUCGUAUACAGAACUGAAUGAAUAUGUGGAAAAAACUGAGGAUGACACUAGUAUAAAGAACGAAAUUAGAAAUAUAAACUUUAAUGAUGAAGAGAUUUCAAACACAAUGAAACACAAGAAUUUUUUAAAAGUUAACGUAGAAAUUGACACAGUUUCUAUUCUGUUAUUUAUGUGUGGAGUAGCGACCCGAAUGUAUAAGUUAGAAGAACCCCGAAAUAUUGUAUUUGAUGAAUUGCAUUAUGGAAAAUAUGUCACAAUGUAUAUGAAAAAUACAUUUUUCUUUGAUUCAAACCCUCCCUUGGGCAAACAGUUAAUAGCAAUUGCUGCUUAUUUAGCUGGUUUUGAUGGAAAAUUUAAGUUUGAUAAGAUCGGCAGUUCAUACAGUGAAGGAGUGCCUUUGAUAGCUUUACGUUUUGUGCCUGCAUUUUUUGGCAGUCUGUUAGUUCCAGUAGCAUAUCAUCUAAUGCUGGAAGUAGGGCUUACUCAGUGGACAUCAAUUCUAGCUGCAUUGUUGUUAUUAUUGGAUAAUGCGUUGUUGACUCAAAGUCGGUUCAUUUUGAUGGAAUCUAUGUUAAUGUUUUUUUCAUUGUUUGGAAUUUUAUGUAUUCUAAAAUUCAGGACGUAUUAUGCAAAACCAUAUAGCUUGGCAUGGUUUUUCUGGCUGGCUGCAGCUAGUGUAUCAUUAACUUGCUCCUUGUGCGUGAAAUAUGUUGGAUUCUAUUCAUGUUGUUUAGGACUUGCCAUUCUAUUGAGAGACUUUUGGAAACUGCUUUCACAACCAAAAUACUCAGAUUUGUUCCUCUGUUUACAUUUCUUUAUUCAGUUUAUAGUCGGCAUUUUCGUAGCUGCCUUAGUGUACCUGACAAUAUUCUAUGUUCAUUUAAAAAUAUUGUACAAAGCAGGGCCCCACGAUAGUAUAAUGACAAGCGCAUUUCAAGCCUCCCUAGAAGGAGGACUGGCUAGCAUUACAAAAGGCCAACCUCUACUUGUAGCUCAUGGAUCGCAAAUAACCCUGAGACAUACUCAUGGAAGAACAUGUUGGUUGCACUCUCAUAAUGCAGUGUAUCCCAUCAGAUACCCAGACAACAGGGGCUCUAGCCAUCAGCAGCAGGUAACAUGUUACUUAUUUAAGGAUGUGAACAACUGGUGGAUUGUCAAGAGGCCAGAAAAAAAUGAUCUUGUCGUUGAACAACCUGUCGAUUCCAUUAAACACGGUGACACUAUUCAGUUAGUACAUGGUAUCACAAGUAGAGCACUCAACUCGCAUGAUGUAGCGGCAGCCAUGUCACCUCAAUGCCAGGAAGUUUCCUGUUAUAUUGACUACAACAUAUCAAUGCCCUCUCAAAACUUGUGGCGGGUCGAAGUUCUCAAUCGAGACCAGACAAAUGAUGCAUGGCACACAAUACAGUCCUUAGUUAGACUUAUCCACGUGGAUACCAACACCGCCUUAAAAUUCACAGGAAAACAGCUUCCCGACUGGGGCUAUCAUCAACAUGAAGUUGCUGCUGACAAAGUUAUAAGUCAAGAUGAUACCAUUUGGAACGUUGAAGAGCAUAGAUACACCAAAUCUGAGGAUCAGAGAGAACGUGAAAGAGAUUUGGUAACGGCAGAAAUGAUACCCACAGGAGCAACUUCCCUAUCUUUCUGGGAGAAAUUCUUUGAGCUGCAUUACAAGAUGAUGUUCGUCGGUUCCGAGAAUGUCCAAGACCAUAUGUACAGUUCUGGUCCGCUGGAAUGGCCUUUUAUGACGCGGGGAAUCGCGUAUUGGGUGUCUUCAUCCAGUAAUGCUCAAAUCCAUUUACUAGGCAACUUGGUGAUUUGGUAUUUAGCAACCAUUAACGUUUUCGUGUAUAUCGGACUGUUGGUAUUCUAUUUGUUGAGACGGCGCAGGCUUUAUUACGAUUUGGAUGAUGAAACGUGGCGGGAUUUUCAGUUGAUCGGUGAAGUCUUCAUGGCAGGUUAUUUCAUUCAUUUUUUACCGUACUUUUUUGUUGAGAGGACUGUGUUCUUACAUCACUAUAUUCCCGCUUACGUGUACAAAGUUUUACUGUUGGCGGCGACCAUAGAACACAUAUAUAUUGUUUUAAAAGAUGUGAUAAUGAUAAAAUAUUUGGCCAAUAUGUUCUUAUUUUUGGUAGUUUGUAGUACUUUUGUCAUGGUUUACGUGUUCAAAAAGUUUUUGGUGUUAUGUUACGGAACAACUCCUUUAAGUUCCAGUGAUAUUGUCGACUUAAGGUGGAAGGAUAGUUGGGACUUCAUUAUCCAUAAGAAUUAAGGUAACGACUGAUUUUUUCCAAUUUUGGUAUUGUUAAUUUGAGUCUAAAUAGAUACACAGACAGAGUGGUUCACGUUGAUUGUUCUAUGGCGAAUUGUGACGAACUACAAAAAUUGAAUUAUGUAUAUUUUAGUAAAUAUGGAACAUUGUAUUUUAAAACAAAUUUUUCUCACACAAAAUUCUAGCUUGAGUUAUCUUCCUACAGCUACCUUUUAUAGAUUUAAAUGGAUUAAAUAAUUAAUGUUUAUUUUUUGUUCUGUAGAAGUCUCAAUGGGAACCCUAGCGUCAUCCACCCUGUAUAUCAUAAUCAAAUUGGUAUUUUUUUGUGAAUCUCAUUUUAAUGCAAUUCCAUUGGUCCAAUUUAUCCUUUUUUUUUUUAAUUAUUGGCUUCUCAGUAGAAUGGAAAAAUGUGAAAAAUAUAUAUAAUAG